AAAAUACCCGACGGUUGAAACUUUCUUUGGAUCCAUUUUGGGUUCCUCUAAACCCAACCCAAACACUACAGAAUUCCAAAAAUAACUCAUGGCAAAACAGGGAGUGGUACCUUGGUUAAAGUCAUUAAUCCCUUCCACUCAAACCAAAGUGGACUCUAACCAAAGCAAGUUUCCCCCAUAAGUAAUCCAAUUCAUCCAUUCCACAAGAUGUAAACACGAUUUGACAAGGUGUAAAUAAGUCAUAAAUACCACUGAAAUGACGACGGGCUUCUCUCUAAGUCCCAAAAAUCGGAGUUCUUUCGACGUCAUCUCGCUACGGUCCAUCGCUAUCGUCUUUUGUGGGGUCCAUGUGUUUGUUACGUCAUGUAUAUCUCUACAUAUGCUGUUGCUUUUUGGGUUUGGGUUACACUGAACAUCCAGCAGCAACGCAACAUUUUUGGCAUGGCGGGGGCAGCAUGCAAAACAUGCAAAAAAAUGGGGUUUGUGACUGUAUUCUGUAUUAUUAUUAUUAUUAUUUUUAUAAAAUAAUAGCGUAUACUUACAAAAUGGAUAUGUAUUUACAUGAAAUACAAUGUAGUUAUUUAGAAAUGUAUUUUUUCCCAUUGCAGCUGAAAGCUUCCUGAUUUAACGUGUUUAUUUACACUUUGCUUUUUCAUUUCCAAGGAGGUGUUAACAUUGUAGUAUCUGUGUAUGUGUGUGUGUGAGAACACAAACUACUUUGCUAAUUUACAGAAUAACUUUUAAGGGAGGAGGAGUGGGGAAGAGGGGCAGCCAUUACAUUUUGGUUCGAAGCCAAGAUUUUUUUUUUCCCCGCCGGCCACUUUUGUUAACAUUUUUUUUUUGUCUUGGCAGACCGGGGCUGCCUGAGUGCUCAUGUUCCGAAUAAAAGCUUGAUUUAUUUUAUGACGUGGGAGGAAGAUGUUUGUCGGAACAAUUAGCCAAGAUAGCGUCGUUAGCUAGCUAGUAUCGUUAGCUAGUAUCGUUAGUUAGUAUCGUUAGCUAGCGGAAGAGAGUUUGACUUCCGCUGUGUCGCGUGCCAAACCAGGAAGAGAAAGAGCGGGCAGCAUAUGCUAGGCUGCGCGUGUCGGAGUGUGAAAAAGUGAAGGAAGUGAGAAAACGUGAGGAAGAAGUGGGCGAGAGAGAGAGAGAAAGAGAGAAAGAGAGAAAGACCGUCAGUGUGCUCGGCAACAAGCUGCCAUUAGGCGAGGAAAAGAAGGAGGAGGAGGAGGCGGGAGCGCCUGCCCGCAACGGGAGGGAGGGAGGGAGGAUAGGAAGAGUAGCAAGGAGGACGCCGAAACAUUCCUCCGUGACGGGACCUGAUUGGGAAUACGUUGAAGGAUUUGACUGACACUCCCGACAUGGAGGGAAAGCUACUUUUCCCGUUGACUCCAUUCCUCUUCAGUGGGAAUUGUUGGAUUCUUCUUCUCCCUGCACGAGUCAUGGCCCGCUGACCUUGACUUGCCGGGAUGCAAACACUCCAGCAGGCGCGGGUGAUUGACAGACCAUGACAGGAACUAGGUAAGCAGGGUUCCAUCGUCUUGAGAACAUGUUCUCCAGGAAUCGCUCCAAUGGUGGUCAACACGGAGCAAGCGUCCCCCCUAAAGGUGGCACCAAAGCUAAAGUCACCCCGCCCAAGAACAAGAAGAGGGCGCCGAACCCCAAAGUGGCGCUGGUCAUCCGUGGGAAAAUACAUCGUCUUCUGCAAGGAUCAGCGGAGCACCACGUUCCUGAUCCCGAAGAUUAUUACGCAGACCAGGUUGAGAGGGACAAGCAUGAGAUCCGCAAGGAUCACAGAAGGAUUUAUCCAAAAACCGGACCCAAGGAUGAAGUUCCCUCCUCUUCGAUGUUGCCCAAUGGAAAAGAAGACGGAGAACCACCAGGACCAUCGCGUGUCGGAGAAGUCGAGCUGAAUCGGGAAGGAUGUCUAAGAAUUCCCUGCACGUUGCAACGCAAAAGUAGCAAAUCCCCCGCCAAUCGGAAGCGUAUCUCCUUCGAGGGUUUAGUGCCGUUAUCGCCAGAGCUGACUCGAGCCGCCACGCGCUCCAGCUCAGCCGGACCGGAUAAGAACGGGGUUACGUUUGACAGACCAGGAGGAAGGGACUCUGCCGCACCGCGGGUCCGGCCCAAGAGACCUUACUCUGCCGGGGACACCCUGGACUACGACUUUAACGCACCUCUGCCGGGACCGCCGGCGGAGGAAGGGGAAGGACAUCUGGGAGAGGAGGAGUCCAGUGCCAUCAUCGAGCACAUCCUCAAAGAGCUGAGGGGCAUCAACAAAAUCCAGGAGGAAAUCUCAGAUCUCAGGGAUUAUCUGACCUCGGUUAAGGGCUCCGUUGAGGAAGUGUCCUCCUGCGUGGACGCCGUCCUGCUGGAGAUAGAAGGUAUCCGGUCUAGCAGCAAGGGUGGAUCAGGUGCGGGUACCUGGUCCGGGGAAGCUUGCCUAGAUGGCUCCUCGCCUCGCAGGAGGCCCGCUAGCGUCCAUGGCAGUUUAGGUAGUACGGCACCAAAGUCUUCUUCCGAUAAUUUUCCCGAGGCGUGCAAAGCGCGACGUGGCGUCCGCAGAGAAUUCCGACCUCCAAGAGCGGAAGACUACACCGUGUCCCCAGUCGCCGAGUCGGUCAAUCAUCAGGACCUGGAGGACCUGGAGGAUACUUCCGACAUCAGCUCAGACAUCCCAGAAGGCGCCCUGACCAGAAAGCUUAGCUUCAGAUCCCAGGAGAGGCGGGACUGCCCAGACUGUCUGAGCACCAGUUCCUUGUCCUCUCAAAGCUCCAAGUCGGAAUCGGAUUUAGACGGACCGGCAUCCUGUCGUGAAAGGACACAGGAAGUUGCUGCUAGUGCAGAGGACCGCUGGACUACCACCAAAGCACUACAUCGGACCGCUGGAGAGCGUCUGUGGGAUGGGGAACAUUCUUACCGGGCGGAUCAUAAAUCCGAGACUUGCUUCGAUGGAGCAGCUGCUUGGGAUCACUACGGAACGCCGGCACAGUGCUCGUCCAGGAGCUUGGAGCAUCGCUCCGUACGGCGGUACGACUCAUCCGGCAGGACAUCACGAAGGGAGGAGUGGCAGACGCGGCGGACUCGGUCCCAGUCAGGGAUUCCCACGACGGCAUACUCCGACUGUUCCUACCCCAAAACCUCGGGUUACCAUUCAUUCGACGGACACUACGGAACGUCAAAUGGAUUUGACUACGGCCGAUCAAACGACUGGGGUGUUGGUAGUUAUCAGGAGAGUCCCUUCGCCUAUCAAGACUCCGCGGCGGUCCCGUGGAGCGAGGCAUCGAGGUGUAGUAGUGAAAAAACCUUAACCCCUGGGACUGAAUCCAGAUACCGAAACCAAGUCCCUUAUCCUCCCGCUAGAUCGGAUAUCCAACCGAGUUUCAACGUUCGCCGCAUAAGCCGAGCCGUUUCGGAUUUCAGCUCUGCGUUGCGAGGAGCUUUGCGCAAACUGGAAGUACCGGACGACCACGAUCCUGAACAUGAAACGGACUUUGAAGUGUCGGCGUUCUGUGACAUUCCUACAUCCGACUUGCCCACAAAAUCUUUCAGCUGGGAUCUCGUUAGCCAAAACGUUCCUGUGGAGAAAUCCCACUUUUCCUUUGAAGAAACCUCCGCCUUGGAGUUUGCAGCCGUAAGCCAACACUAUCCCAGUUUGGAAAUGAUCCCUCCCGGUCCGGAGGAAAACCUCGUCUUCACCGGUCGGGAAUCACUUCCACCUGACGACAUGACAUCCCAACAUCACGCUGACGUUGUAGAGGUCUGGCCACCGCAUGAGAACACCAGGACGGAGCUGUCUCAGGGCACCACCACAGAGUCCCUGUCCGCCUCCGUCCUGGCUGAACCUGCUCCGGAGCAAGGGGGAUCCGCGGAGGUCAGCCAGAUGAACGAGUGCGACCUGAAGUGCUUGAGGAGCUUCCAGCAGAUUCUACGAGAGAAGCGGGAGAUGAGGCGCAACCUCGGCAGCGUGUCCGCCCCGUCUCAGGAGGACCCGGAAGCAGAUGGAAGCCAAGUUGGAGAUCAGGUUCCUCUGCCUCCCAACAUUCCCAACAUCACAUGACUCAUGAUUUAUUGGAUUAGGUCUAGCAUUGGUCCAUAUUGAUAAGGGUGCAUGUUAGCAUAGCAUAGCAUAGCAUUAAUGUCAAUAUGCCGGAUUUUGGCAUGUGCUGAAACUCAACCAACCCCGACCCCCCAACCGCCCCCAUCCGCCGCCCCCGCCCCCUGCCCCCGCCCCCCUCACACUGUUUACUUCUAUCCUGUGCAUCAAUUGUAAGAAAUCAUAUCUGCUUUGAAAUCUGUCACCUUUCACCCC